UGUUGUUGUGGCGCGGCGGGGAAGCACGUGAGGAGUGCGACGUCACCAUAAACACUCGUGGGCAACAUGGCGGCGCCGCCGAGCGGCAAGGUUGUAUAUGAGCAAGAAGGAGUUUUUAUUCACUCCUCCUGUGGAAAAAAUGAUGACCAGGACAGCUUAAUAGCAGGAAUACUGCGUGUCAUAGAAAAGGAAAAUGAAGUGGUAGUAGACUGGAGACCACUGGAUGAGACUUUGGAUACUUCUAAUAUUCUCUGUGCUGGAAAGGAUUCCAGUUCUGUUGUGGAGUGGACUCAAACUCCGAAAGAAAAAUGUUCCCGAGGAGCAGAUCGUCCAAGUAGUUAUGAAGCAGAAUGGGACAUGGUCAGCACAGUCUCUUUUAAGAAGAAACCUCAUUCAAAUGGAGAUGCUACAACUCAUGCAAACAGAGAAAGCAAGUGGUCGUUCCUGUUCAGUUUGAUAGAUCUGAAAUCAAUCAAACAAAACAAAGAAGGCAUGGGAUGGUCUUAUUUAGUGUUCUGUCUGAAGGAUGAUGUGAAGCUUCCAGCUCUUCACUUUCAUCAUGGAGAUAGCAAAUCAUUGAUUAAAUGUCUUGAAAAGCACGUUGCACUGAAUGAAUCUCCACAUGAUGAACGGGUUCUUCUUGUGAAGACUCAGAAGUCACUGUCUCAGUCUUUUGAAAAUCUCUUUGACGAACCAUCAUAUGGCUUAUUACAAAAAUGGAAGAAAGAUCCAUAUGUAGUAACAAUGGGAAAAUUUUCCAAAGUCACAAACUAUAUUGUUGGUAGUUUACGUUCAAGUGAUCAAUCAAAUCAGAGGCGACCACCAUCAGAAAUGGCAGACUUUCUCAAUGAUACCAUUCCAGGGCUGAAGAUAAAUCAGCAGGAAGAGCCAGGAUUUGAAGUCAUUACACGAAUCGACCUAGGGAAACAGCCUGAAGUUAGUAGAAGAGAGCCUGUGACAGCUGAAGAAUGGGCUAAGAAUAUGGACUCUGAAGGAAGAAUUGUAGAUGUUGACUACAUAAAACGACUGAUAUUCAAAGGGGGUCUCUGCCAUACUUUAAGAAAAGAGGCAUGGAAAUUUCUUUUGGGAUAUUUUCCUUGGAAUAGCACUAAAGAAGAGAGAGCAAAUCUGCAAAAAAGGAAAACGGAUGAAUAUUUCAGGAUGAAGCUGCAGUGGAAAUCUGUCAGUGAGGAACAGGAAAAGCGAAAUUCAAGAUUAAGAGAUUACCGGAGUCUUAUAGAAAAAGAUGUUAACAGGACAGAUCGAACAAAUAAGUUCUACGAAGGAGAAGAUAAUCCGGGACUGAUUUUACUUCAUGAUAUUUUGAUGACCUAUUGCAUGUAUGACUUUGACUUAGGUUAUGUGCAGGGGAUGAGCGACUUGCUGUCACCUGUCUUGUAUGUUAUGGAGAAUGAAGUAGAUGCCUUUUGGUGCUUUGUAUCAUACAUGGAUCAAAUGCAUCAGAAUUUUGAAGAACAGAUGCAGGGUAUGAAGACACAACUUAUUCAGCUGAGUCACUUGCUUCGUUUACUAGACAGUGGAUUUUGCAGUUAUUUAGAAUCUCAAGAUUCAGGCUACCUUUAUUUUUGCUUUCGGUGGCUUCUUAUCAGAUUUAAAAGGGAAUUUAGUUUCCAAGAUAUUCUUCGACUCUGGGAGGUCAUGUGGACGGAAUUGCCUUGUCAGAAUUUUCAUCUUCUCCUUUGUUGUGCUAUCCUAGAAUCUGAAAAACAGCAAAUAAUGGACAAGCACUAUGGCUUUAAUGAAAUACUAAAGCAUAUCAAUGAACUGUCUAUGAAAAUUGAUGUGGAAUAUAUACUCUGCAAAGCAGAAGCAAUUUCUAUGCAGAUGAUGAAUUGCAAGGAAUUGCCUCAAACAGUCAGUGAGAUCCUGGGGAUAGAGAACAGUUCGGUAACUCCGGAUUCUGAUAUGGGAGAGGAUGAAAGUGGAGCUGAGUUGAGCUGUGCGACGUCUCUGUACCCGAGCAUCUCAAGCCCUGUAACUGCUGCCAAUGGCACGAGGGACGGCGCUCAACAGGCGGCUGAGACGCAGAGCCUGACACCUGCCUAAUCACACUUGGUCCCCUUGGAGAAAGACUUUCACUGAGCACAUUUUGUUCAAGCACUUGAGAGAUGGAUAUUUAAAUUUGGUGUUGAUUAAGCUUUAAGGUUGUAAAGAAAAUCUGUACUGUAAUGCUUUUGCAUUAAAGCUUUACAACAUGACUCAA